UUCAACUCCUUUGUGUACACAGAGAAAAUCUCAAAUGGAGAAAGUGAAGUUCAACAGUUGGCAAAAAAAAUCCGGGAGAAAUUUAACCGUUACUUGGAUGUUGUGAAUCGCAACAAGCAAGUGGUGGAAGCAUCAUACACUGCUCACCUCACCUCGCCCUUGACUGCCAUCCAGGACUGCUGUACAAUUCCUCCAUCUAUGAUGGAAUUUGAUGGAAAUUUUAACACCAACGUUUCAAGAACUAUUAGCUGUGAUAGACUGUCCACCACAGUCAACAGCAGAGCCUUCAAUCCUGGACGUGACUUAAAUUCUGUUCUUGCUGAUAAUCUGAAGUCUAACCCAGGAAUUAAGUGGCAGUAUUUCAGCUCAGAAGAAGGCAUUUUCACUGUGUUCCCAGCCCACAAAUUCCGGUGCAAAGGCAGCUAUGAACACCGCAGCAGGCCUGUCUAUGUUUCUACUGUUCGACCUCAGUCCAAGCACAUCGUUGUCAUUGUGGACCACGGGGCUUCGGUCACAGAGACACAGCUUCAGAUUGCCAAAGAUGCUGCCCAGGUCAUUCUGAGCUCUAUAGAUGAACAUGACAAGAUCUCCGUGUUAACCGUGGCAGACGCAGUAAGAACCUGCUCUCUGGAUCAGUGCUAUAAGACAUUUCUGUCUCCUGCCACUAGUGAGACAAAGAGGAAGAUGUCCACCUUUGUCAGCAGCAUCAAGUCAUCCGACAGCCCCACGCAGCACGCGAUGGGCUUUCAGAAGGCUUUCCAGCUGAUACGGAACACCAACAAUGGCACAAAACUCCAAGGAAAUACCGAUAUGGUCAUCAUUUAUCUCUCGGCUGGGAUUACAUCCAAAGAUUCCUCAGAAGAUGAUAAAAAAGCUACUCUCCGUGUCAUCAAUGAAGAAAAUACUCUCCUCAAUAACUCAGUCAUGAUUCUCACUUAUGCACUUAUGAAUGAGGGAGUGACAGGUCUGAAGGAACUGGCCUUUCUGCGGGACCUGGCAGAGCAGAACUCGGUGAAGUACGGGGUGCCAGACCGAGCAGCCCUGCCUGUCACCAAGGGCAGCAUGAUGGUCCUCAACCAGCUGAGUAACCUGGAAACCACUGUGGGCAGGUUCUACACAAACCUCCCCAACAGAAUGAUCGACGAGGCGGUCUUCAGCCUGCCCUUCUCGGAUGAAAUGGGAGAUGGCCUGAUAAUGACUGUCAGUAAACCAUGUUACUUUGGAAACCUGCUGCUAGGGAUUGUUGGAGUAGAUGUUAAUCUUGCAUAUAUCUUGGAAGAUGUCACCUAUUAUCAAGACUCUUUGGGUUCCUACACUUUCCUCAUUGAUAACAAAGGGUACACUCUGAUGCACCCCUCCCUUACCAGGCCCUACCUGCUGUCUGAACCGCCGCUCCACACAGAUAUUAUCCAUUAUGAGAACAUCCCAAAGUUUGAGCUGGUGCGCCAGAAUAUCCUCAGCAUCCCCCUGGGCAGCCAGAUCAUUACGGUUCCUGUGAACUCUUCACUGUCUUGGCAUGUAAACAAACUGAGAGAGGUUGGAAAAGAAGCCUACAAUGUCAGCUAUGCCUGGAAAAUGGUGCAGGACACAUCCUUUAUUCUGUGUGUUGUGGUGAUACAGCCAGAAGUACCUGUUAAACAGCUGAAGAACCUCAACACUGUCCCCAGCAGCAAGCUUCUGUAUCAUCGACUGGAUCUGCUGGGCCAGCCCAACGCCUGCCUGCACUUCAAGCAGCUGGCUACCUUAGAAAGCCCUACAGUCAUGCUCUCUGCUGGCAGCUUCUCUUCUCCAUACGAACACCUGAGCCAGCCCGAGACCAAGCGGAUGGUGGAGCAUUACACUGCCUACCUCAGCGACAACACGCGCCUGAUUGCCAACCCUGGCCUCAAGUUCUCUGUCAGAAAUGAAGUCAUGGCUACCAGUCACGUCACAGAUGAAUGGAUGACACAGAUGGAAAUGAGCAGCCUCAACAGCUACAUUGUGCGCCGUUACAUAGCAACCCCCAAUGGGGUGCUCCGAAUUUACCCCGGUUCCCUCAUGGACAAAGCAUUUGAUCCCACCAGGAGACAAUGGUACUUGCAUGCAGUGGCUAAUCCAGGACUAAUUACCUUUACUGGUCCCUACUUGGAUGUUGGAGGGGCUGGUUACGUUGUCACAAUCAGUCACACAGUCCAUUCUUCCAGUGCACAGAUGUCCUCAGGACAUUCAGUGGCAGUCAUGGGCAUUGACUUCACCCUGAGAUACUUCUACAAAGUUCUCAUGGACCUGCUGCCUGUUUGUAACCAAGAUGGAGGAAACAAAAUAAGGUGCUUCAUCAUGGAGGACAGAGGGUACCUUGUGGCACACCCAACCCUCAUUGAUCCCAAAGGACACGCACCGGUGGAGCAGCAGCACAUUACACACAAGGAGCCUUUGGUAGCAAAUGACAUUCUGAACCACCCAAACUUUGUCAAGAAAAACCUCUGCAACAGCUUCAGUGACAGAACAGUUCAGCGGUUUUACAAAUUUAAUACCAGCUUAGUGGGUGAUCUGACAAACCUUGUGCACGGCAGCCACUGCUCCAAGUACAGGCUGACAAGAAUCCCAGGCACCAACGCCUUCGUGGGAAUCGUCAACGAGACCUGUGAUUCCCUGGCCUUCUGUGCCUGCAGUAUGGUGGACAGGCUGUGCCUCAACUGCCACAGGAUGGAGCAGAACGAGUGUGAGUGUCCCUGCGAGUGCCCUCUGGAGGUGAAUGAAUGCACCGGCAACCUCACCAACGCCGAGAGCAGGAACCCAAGCUGUGAAGUCCACCAGGAGCCCAUGACCUUCACAGCGAUUGAUCCAAGUCUCCAGGAUGCUCUGCCCCAGUGCAUCAACACUCAGUGCAACCAGAGAACAGAGAGCGGGGAUUGCUUUGGUGUAUUGGACUGUGAGUGGUGCAUGGUAGACAGCGAUGGGAAGACCCAUCUGGAUAAGUCCUAUUGUGCCCCUCAGAAGGAAUGCUUUGGUGGCAUUGUGGGAGCAAAGAGCCCCUAUGUGGACGACUUGGGAGCAAUAGGAGAUGAAGUAAUCACUCUGAACAUGAUCAAAAGUGCCCCUGUGGGCCCAGUGGCUGGAGGCAUUAUGGGCUGCAUUAUGGUGCUUGUCCUGGCCGUGUACGCCUAUCGCCACCAGAUCCACCGGAGGAGCCACCAGCACAUGUCACCUUUGGCUGCCCAGGAAAUGUCAGUGCGUAUGUCGAACCUGGAAAAUGAUAGGGACGAGAGAGACGAUGACAGCCAUGAAGAUAGAGGGAUCAUCAGCAACACGCGGUUCAUCGCGGCGGUGAUCGAGCGGCACGCACACAGCCCCGAGCGCCGCCGCCGCUACUGGGGGCGCUCGGGAACCGAGAGCGACCACGGCUACAGCACUAUGAGUCCUCAAGAAGACAGCGAAAACCCGCCCUGCAAUAAUGACCCCUUGUCGGCCAGCGUUGACAUUGGGAACCACGACGAAGACUUAGACCUGGACACGCCGCCUCAGACAGCUGCCCUGUUGAGUCACAAGUUUCACCACUACAGGUUGCACCACCCAACUCUUCACCACAGCCACCACUUACAGGCUGCAGUCACGGUACACACUGUGGAUGCAGAAUGCUAAUGAACAACGACA